AUGGCUCCGUUACAGUAUAUACCCAAAGAUAAGAAACUUCAGAUGGAAAAACUGUCCGAUACCCAUGACUCUAAGGUGGCUGGUCAUUUUGGCCAAUUUAAGACACUAGAGCGGGUGAAAAACAACUUCUUUUGGCCCAACAUGGAUAAGGAUGUCGAGGAAUAUGUCCGGAGCUGUGAUAGCUGCCAGAGGAAUAAGACCUCAAGACAUAAGAAGUUUGGUAUGCUCCAGCCGUUGGAGAUACCUUAUCGGCCAUGGACUUCCAUCUCUAUGGACUUCAUUGUGGGAUUACCGGAAUCUAGUGGGUUUACAAAGAUCUGGGUAAUAGUGGACCGUUUUUCGAAGAUGGCACACUACAUCCCUCUUCCUACCCUCAACAAAACAGAAGAUUUGGCUAAGCUGUUCUUGAAGGAAGUUUGGAGACUCCAUGGUUUACCUGAUGACAUAGUUUCGGACAGAGAUAGCAGGUUCAUCUCUCAUUUUUGGCAAUCUCUCAUGAGCCUCCUCAAUGUGAAGCUGAAAAUGUCCACAUCGUUCCACCCUCAAACGGACGGUCAAACAGAAAGAGUUAACCAGACCCUGGAACAUUACUUGCGGAGUUAUUGUUCAUAUCAACAGGAUGACUGGGCAGAGCUCUUGCCUUUGGCAGAGUAUGCAUAUAACUCGGCGGUCUCUGAGUCUACCAAAGCAUCGGCUUUCUAUGCCAACUAUGGUUAUGAACCUAGGACCAACUGGCCGGCCCCGAAGGAAGGAGUAGAAUGGAACAAUCCAGCAAGUGAGGUCAUGAUAUCUCAAUGGGAAUCUAUCUGGCAGGCUAUGAACGCCAGCUUGGGUAAAGCUAGAUUAAGGAUGGCCCGGUGGUAUGAUGCUCAUACUCUGUCACCGCCCGAAAUCAAGCCCGGAGAUGAAGUAAUGUUAGACCGGCGCAAUGUGCAAACAAAGCGGCCUUUGGGAAAACUGGAUCAGAAGAAGAUGGGACCCUUCAAGGUCUUAGAAGCUAUUGGUACCCGUGCCUACAAGUUCUCUCUUCCCCCUCAAAUGGGAAUCCACCCGGUCUUUCAUGUCUCUCUUCUGGAACCUUACAGAGUACCGGUAGAUCCUGAGAGAAGAGUUCCACCACCGGAACCUGAAGAGAUUGAAGGAGAACAGAACUGGGUUGUCCGAGAGGUAGCUGAUAGCCGGGUCAAUAAGAAAAGAAGACGAGUGGAAUACUUAGUGUUGUGGGAAGGUUAUGAGAACGAGGAUGCUACAUGGGAACCUUGGGAGCAUCUCAAGAAGAGUGCUGAAGAAGCCCUUCGGGAUUUCCAUAUGAGGUAUCCUAAGAAACCCAAGGACAAGCGGAUUGCUGGGAUGUAG